AGCGCCGAACCAAACCUCCUCUCUCCGCAAAGACCUGACGCAGACAACCAGUCUCUCAAGCUUCUCUAACGGUCUUAGGGGUUUUAUCCUUUUUGCUGAGAUCUAGUCAUGGCGGAUGUGGAACCAGAGGUUGCUGCGGCUGGAGUCCCGAAGAAGAGGACAUUCAAGAAGUUUGCCUUCAAAGGAGUCGAUCUCGAUGCUCUUCUCGAUAUGUCUACUGAUGACCUUGUCAAGCUCUUCCCUUCUCGUAUUCGCAGAAGGUUCUCUAGAGGCUUGACCAGGAAGCCAAUGGCUCUCAUUAAGAAGCUGCGUAAGGCGAAAAGGGAGGCACCACAAGGUGAGAAGCCAGAGCCGGUGAGAACCCACCUGAGGAACAUGAUCAUUGUCCCAGAGAUGAUCGGAAGCAUCAUUGGAGUGUACAAUGGAAAGACCUUUAACCAGGUCGAGAUCAAGCCCGAGAUGAUUGGUCACUACUUGGCUGAGUUCUCCAUCUCAUACAAGCCGGUUAAGCACGGUAGGCCUGGUGUUGGUGCUACCCACUCCUCCCGUUUCAUUCCCCUCAAGUGAAGAGCUUGUUGUUAAACUUGGGGAAUGUGUUCCAAUCUUUAUAUGGCCUUUCUGUUGUUGUUUUAUGAUGAAACUUUAGAUACUUUAUCAACUCUAGCUCAUGCAUUUUCAUAUUAUGUGGCCAGGAUCUUAAAAUCAAAUGUUAUUGAGUUUCGUUAUGUUCAUUAUGUUGAUUA